AUCUGUCUCUCCGAUUCCUCAGUAUUUCAGUUACGCGCAUCUUCGUUUGCUUUGCCAAAUAUCAUCGUAGGAACUUCAAAUCUUGUCAAAAGUUCGAUACUUUUGUUUCAUGGUUUUGCUUCCCCACGUUUUCUCAGCCGCCAAACACCAAAGCUGAAAUCUUUAAGACUUUGCACCAUGGAUAUGAGAGUUGGGUUUGUGAUUCUUUUUGUGCUGGGAGCCAGUUGGGCUUGUGAUGCUAGACAUGUGGUGGAGCUUAGUUUGUCAGUGCAAGAGGGGGAACCUCAAACUUUGAAAGAAUUUUCUGGGAAUGAAAAUGUUUGCACAUUAUGUGAGGAGUUUGCAUCUCAGGCACUUGAUUACAUCAGUGAAAACAAGACUCAGACUGAGAUCAUUGCAACUCUACAUAACACCUGCUCUCAAUUGAAGUCUUUCAGCCAGCAGUGUGUCACUUUGGUGGACUACUAUGCUCCUCUCUUCUUCCUAGAGGUUACCUCUGUAGAACCAGUUGAUUUCUGUCGGAAGGUCAACCUAUGUCAGCAAGUUGCAACAUUUUCUUCGCAACUCCGUGAGGACAGCUGUGGAUUAUGUCACCGGGCUGUUUCAGAAGUAUUAGCCAAGUUAAAAGAUCCUGAUACACAGCUGGAGAUCAUUGAGAUUCUUUUGAAGGCAUGCAAUUCUGUGGAGAACUAUGUCAAGAAGUGCAAGAGGAUCGUUUUCGAGUAUGGACCACUAUUCCUUGUGAAUGCAGAGGAGUACCUUGAGAAAACAGACAUAUGCACCGAACUUCAUGCCUGUAAUCCAAGCACAGUUAGUACGAUGGAAGCAUCAUCGUUGGAUAUUGGAUCCAUGCGGGCCGACUCUUAGUCUUGGCAACAAAAGAUAUACUGGAAUUGGAAUGGUGCUAGUACCACACGCUCACGUAUUGUUACUCUUCUAGCUGUGCAUGUGCGAUCAUAUGUUUGUGACUGAAGACAUGGUUGAACAUUGGCUGUAAAGAUUCGCCUACAAAUUGUUGAAUCCAUCGUUGUAAAAUAUGUAAGAUAAAUUCAAAUGCUUGCAUGAAAAUGUUUGAUCCUCUAAUGUCGUCUCUUUUAUCUA